AUGGCUGCCGUGAUGAAGCAGAAGAAGCAACAGCCGCCCAACUACGCCAAGUUCGCCUUUGGCGGCCUUGCCGGGAUGGGUGCCACGUUCUUCGUGCAGCCGCUGGACUUGCUCAAGAACAGGAUGCAGGUGGCUGGGGGACGCGUGAGCUUUUUCACCAUCGUCGGUAACGUCAUCAAACAAGAAGGCGCACUCGCCCUUUAUACUGGCCUGUCUGCGGGCCUGCUACGACAGGCAACGUACACAACCACCCGUCUCGGCGUCUACAACAUGCUCCUCGACAAGGCCAUGACGGCGAGCGACGGGGAGCUAUCGUUUGCGUCCAAGGCCGGCAUUGGGCUGACAGCCGGUGCUGUUGGCGCCGUUGUCGGCACUCCCGCCGAGAUUGCACUCAUCCGUAUGUCCUCCGAUGGAAGCCGGCCAGCUGCUGAGCGCCGUGGAUACACGAGCGUCUUCAACGCUCUCUCCCGCAUCGCCCGUGAGGAAGGCGUCCUGACCCUCUGGCGGGGAUGCGGCCCCACAGUUGCCCGCGCAAUGGUUGUCAACGCAGCUCAACUCGCCACGUAUACGCAGGCCAAGCAAGUCAUCAAGCAAACAUUUGAGCUUGACGGGAUUGGGCUGCACUUCAGCGCAAGCAUGGUCAGCGGGCUCGCCACCACGGCAGCUAGCAUGCCCGUGGACAUUCUCAAGACGCGCAUCCAGAACAUGAACUACGUCAAUGGGGUCCCCGAAUUCAAGGGACCACUGCACGUUGCGUCGCACAUUGUGCGUUCGGAAGGUGUGUUUGCCCUGUGGAAGGGCUUCCUUCCGUACUACGCACGUCUCGGCCCACACACCGUCCUCACAUUCAUCAUUCUGGAGCAACUCAACAAAGCCUACAACACAAUCGCCGCCUGA